AUGAUUCCCAGAAGGCCAUCGCCUGGAAGUAUUGAGACUUUUUUCCAUGGGGACCGGGGUCCCGAAAGGCUUAAUUCCCCAGUCGGGCCCUCCUUGGGUAACCAACCACAAGUCGCCCCUGGGAUCGUUUGGUGUCAACGCUUUCCUUCCGACUGGACACUGCCAUCUGAUAAACGACAUAUCAACCUCAAACCUCUACCCCCAAUGGUCCGACAACCAUCUUGGAGCGGUGACGGCGUCGACGGUGGGCCUAGUAGCAUCACAGUCCUCCUCAAUUGGCUCGCUACCAACAACAAUUACGUUCGAUGGCGCCAAGGUGAAUCGAAGAGGGACCUCAGUUCCGAAAUACUCAUGGAGAUGAGGCGCAAUGGCAUCCAGCAUCGCGAUUACCAUGGUAUACUCUUGCAGAUGACAUUACUCCAGAGGUCUCACGACCAGGCAUCAAAAUGGGAAAGUACGACGGGUUCGGCCGUCACAGCCGUCGGGGUUGACGGGAGCACGGUGAUAGUACAAAGGCAUCUGCUCCGGAUUUGCAGAUACUGGGACGAGUUUGGACCCAUCAUGCGUCCAGCCGGGGACGACCAUUAG